AAGUCUAUACCAGCAUAACGAGCUGCUUCCUGUCGGCAAUUUCCUCCUGCAGCUAAUAGGCCAGCUCUGCAGAGCUAAGGUCGAAUAAUGAUCGGAAAAGCACAUAUGGCGGUGCACAGAGGAUCCAACCACCCGCGCACACGUACGUAGCCCGCUAGCGAAAUCAAAUAGAACCUCUCGGCACACUCGAUCGCAUUCCUGGUAUAAAGAGCCUCUACGUACACCCACACCAGCCGCUGCGAUGUGCAGCAGGAAGAACGUAUCCACCCCGCGCGCACAGCUAUACAUGCCUAGAGGUGCCGAUGGAGCCGCGAGAUAGCCCCUCGGCCUCGGCGGCGCGCUUUUGUGUGUCUAUACACGUAUAUUAUGUAUGUAUACACAUGCAUACCGGCGGUGCAACAAUUACACCGAGCGGCUCGAGCCCCCGUGUCAGUCAACGCAAAGCCGCGUCCGACCACAUUGCGCUCGCUACUACUUGCUCCUUGCACAAGGACCUCCUAUUGCUCGUCGCUUCGACUUACGAUGACGCGCAGAGGAAGACUCGAUCGCUCUGGGAGUGGAAGCUUUAGCUGAGGAAAAUGCGGUGAUUAGCGUGAAACACACGAGGGACGAAAGGACGAUGGAGGAGCCGAUCGGGACGAUGCCGGAUAACGCCGGCAGGAGCAGGCCACCGACGCCCCCGCCGAUGCCCAGCACGCCCAGGACUGUAAUCUGCCGACCCUGCGAGCUGCGCCGCGAGAAACCUACUUACCUCAGGGAUAGAGAGCGGAUCCUCUAUCCGAGAAACACGAGAACUCUGGCCAAGACGCCGGUAACAGGUGGUACACCCAUCGACGAGGAGACAUGCAUGGCCUUGCGAAUGUUGGUCUUUGGGAGCUGUGCAAGUCCACCAAAGGCCGAGUGGGCUCGGACCGGUCUGACGCUUAGAGCAGUCGGUCAGAACUUGAGCUUCGGUUUGAGGGCACCUCGAAACUCCACUAGGGGACUCAUCACCGCGGUUCAGGCGAUAAUGCUCAAGCACUUUCUGUUCAAACUCACCAAGCAGGAGACACGCUGUUCGCCGGAUGUGUUGCUGAAGCCGAGCUACGAGAAGCAGGUGGUGGUUCUGACCGCCUCGAUAGCCGAGAUAAUCUGGCGAUGCGCGGGUGGCUUCGCGGUGCAGAACGCGAGCGCGAGCUUCAACAGCGCGGCCAGCAGCCUCAACAUACCCAAAGCUGUGGUGGUUCUGCCGCAGGAGACGCCGUAUCUGCAGCACAGCGUGCAAUACUUUCAGGAUGGACUGACGGAAACUUUACACUUAUUCGAGUUCACGACUUUGGAUGAUCUCGAAAUUUUUAUUAAGAGAUAUUUAUACUUGUUUCAAGACGAAGGGGGUCCAGGUGCAAAGAUACUCUUAUACAGUGCCAUUUUAUCCCGAGGAUUAUCCAAGGUCCGAAACGACAUGGAAGAUCCCAGGGCAUCGAUUCUAAGCGGUUGUCCCGAAGAGGGUCCUUUAUCUCUGGUCGUCCUCGCGAUCACCGGUAGAGCGUCACCCCACCUCCACAACGGCGUGAUUCACGUCGGCGAUGAAAACACUUACGCCAUACCGCAAUGGGGUGUGCUGGUCCGUAGCGAGAUCGGCUUCCUGGUGCACGAGGGUGACACCACGGCCAGCAAGCAGCCCGGUUCCAGGCUAAAAACGCCAAGCUUGCCAAUUUGGGUGACUCUCUGUCUGGGACACCACGGAGUCCUUUUCAACACCAACAGAGAACUGCUGAGGAACUAUCACGCUGAGAGGCGGUUCGAUCUGCAGUACUACACUUGCGGUGGGAGUCAUGCUACGUUAACCGUGGAUACCAGAGCCCGAGAAAACGCAUCGGGAAUCGAGGGCUCCGCCGCCAGGGAGACCAUGGACAUCGCUGCUACUCCGCUCGAGAAACUCAUUCAUUCCAAAUGGCAGGACGCGCAGGUCCAGUGGAACGGAACACCAGUGCUUUGAAGAGAACGACUCCAUCACGGCUCGUCUAAUCCAUCCUGACGUUACUUUUGCACCUGGCGAACCAGAGGCAAAAACUCGACGGGGACAGAGAGAGAGAGAGAGAGAGAGAGAGAGAGAGAGAGAGAGAGAGAGAGAGAGAGAGAGAGAGAGAUUUACUUGUAGACGGCAAUUAUAGUCGUCGGGCUCUGCAAACAUCGAUUUCAACAUUCGAUUUACCGUAAUAAUUUGCAGCGUUUCUCGAGGUGGUCUCGAAUAUUUGUCGGUGCUUGAUGUUGUUUUACGGCUUUGCCGAGUUUUCUUGCGACGAAUUGAUUCGAAAAUGAUCAAAAUUUUUUCUAUAAUGCCGCGGAAAUUGCAAUUGGAUUGUUAGCGAGUUUAUGGAUUUGAAAAAAGCAUCUUGAGUUGACGAUGAUUGGUGAAAAAUCGAUUAUUUUUAUAGAAAUGUGAUUGUAUAGAAAUUCGUGGAGAACAAUGUUAGGAUCGUUAUGAAAGACAAAUUUUAUUUAAUGACAGUUUUGGUAUCAGAAAUUGUAUAUCGAAGCGAUAUUAUAUUAUAUAGCAUAUAUUUAAUGUUUAAAAAGCAUGUGUAAGAAAUGCUAUAGAUGAAUUGGAUGUCGUGUAAAGUAAUUACAUUAUAUGAAGAUUAUUACACUUGAUGUUUAUAGUUUAAACUAUAUCCCAGCGUAAAUAAAAAUAUAAAUUCUGUUUGAAAGUGAUGUUCUAUUUUUGAGAAAAAUUGAUUGUAUUUAUUGUAAGACAUAAGAGUGAUAGAGAUAUAGUUAUUCCGAUAUCAAUGUAAUAAGCACAUCUUUGCUUAAACAAACAUAUCUGAAAAGUUUCUUUCAAUGUUAAACAAUGAAAAAAAAAAAUAGAUAACCAAUAUAAAAUACUUCUUCGAUGAUAUCAAGCACAAACUGCAGUCUGUGCGAGGCGGGUACAUCGAUCUUGGCAAACAUGGUGAUCAUUUUCUUACAGCCAUAGCAUUAUCGAUUUGCAAGUAAGCGUCUCGCGCUUCGUUCCCGUCGUGUGUAUAACGACGUCUUUUGUAAACUAUGUGUCACGUCAUUUACAGGUACUACGCUCAAUUCUGUUUGAAUAUGAACUUUUAAGCUGCAGUGCAUUCUAUCGAUAUAAACUAGAAUUUCAUCUUUAGCUAAUGUAUAAGCAUGAACAUUUUAUCAUAAUUAUUACAAAUAGUAAAAUUGCAUUAAGUUGUACAAAUAAUUAGAACAUGUAAAGCAACGAUUACUAAAGUAUCAAAAUAUAUUAGUAUUAAUCAAUAUAGAGUUAGGCGCCAACGAAAUUUUGUUACUAAUUUCUCCGUCUAUAGAUAUAACGACUCAUAUAAUACAACAUUUCAAAUAUGAGAUAGCAAAAAGCAUCGAAGGACACGAGAGGAAAUAGUCUCCGCGAGUGCAGAGCGUGAGAACUGGGGCCAAGAAGAUCCGAGGGAUUUCGCGGCGCGAUUACGCGACCGCGAAAACUCUCUGCAGUAGAAGAUCCUAUACACAAGGGGGCGGUGAUCCGACUCGCGUCAUUAGCCCGUGAAAUGGUCGUACGCUGCGGCCGUGAGAAGAGCCGCGAGUCGCUGCCUGUAAUAUCGAUGCAACUUGCGAUGAAAGGAAACGCGCCGGCGGCCUUUUCUCUCUUCCUUUCUCACUCUCGCUACUGCUUCGCUCGUCUUCUCGCCUUCUUUGCUCUCUGCGGUUUCAGCGUCGCUUCUUCUUCUCUUCUUCAUGUUUUCUGAACUAUAGUCGUCUAUUUCGUUGUUCGACUUGAUUAGUGAUAGCAGUUUUUGCCAGCGUUAGGAUAAGCUGAUUAAUUAUGUUAUGUAAAGAUCGGCUAACGAAAUUUUUGAAAAUAUUGCUUUACUGAGAAGUAUAGCCGCAAAGUUACUUCUUUAUUCAUUUUAAGAAUUUCAGUGUGAUAGAAUUUCGCUGUGUUAGAUAGCCAAAUUUACUCGCCUCUACUACGAAAUGAUAAUGUAAAAUUAGGGCUAUAAGGCAAAACACUUUAGCGAGGGAGAACCAAACUUUUAAUCAGAGCCAAGACAUCAUCACACAUUACACCACUGAGUAUACGAAACGUUAUAACAGCAAAUUAUACAGACAU